AAGAGCUUCCUCCGUCCCUCGCCUCGACAUGGCGGGAAAAUGUCCGUACUCUCCUCGUCUCGCCGCCCCCAAAAUAAAAGCCCUAGAACCCGCGCUUGUCUCCCCGAGCUGAAACCUCCACCAUCUUCACCUCCCUCUCCUUCUUCUUCUCUCCGAUCCCUUUCCGGGUUGCCGUGCCGUCUCUCGUUUCCGACCUCCGCCAAAUUCUCUCGCGGAACGGCAACUUGACCUAGUGGAAAUGGCCGGUGCGUUCGAGGAAGAAGCUGAGCAGACCAUCACGAUCCAGGAGUACCUCAAGGACGUCGAGGAUCAGGAAUUGGAGAUUAAAGUAGUUCUGGGCGAGCGGCCGAAGCCCCAAAUGGGCAUAAUAUGUAUUGGCUCCAAAGUGGAAGCGGAUUUGGUAUUGGGUGGUGAUGAGGGUAAGGAUUGUACAUAUUCCCAAGGUUAUUUGAAGAGGCAGGCCAUUUUCUCAUGUUUGACGUGCACGCCGGAUGGAAAUGCUGGAGUUUGCACAGCUUGCAGCUUGUCCUGUCAUGAUGGGCAUGAGAUUCUGGAGCUCUGGACCAAAAGAAAUUUUCGGUGUGAUUGUGGAAAUUCGAAGUUUGGAGAGUUUUUCUGCAAGCUUUUUGCAGACAAGGAUGUGGAAAAUGUCAAGAAUUCAUAUAAUCACAACUUUAAGGGUUCAUAUUGCACGUGUGGUCGGCCCUAUCCUGAUCCUGAUGUUGAAGAUCAAGUUGAGAUGAUACAGUGCUGUGUAUGCGAGGACUGGUUUCAUGAGGAGCAUAUUGGUCUAGAAUCAUCUCAUGAGAUUCCUCGUGAUGAAGAGGGAGAACCUUUAUAUGAGGAUUUCAUAUGCCAAUCAUGCUCAGCUAAUUGUUCUUUUCUGAAAAGAUAUCCUCAAGCUAUAAUGGCCGCAAGGAGGCAUUGUGAUGCUAUACCAAAUGCUAGCAAGGAUAAAGAUGUUUUGACGCAAACACCUGCAGCUUCUGGGUCAGAGAAAGUUGAGAACGACAGUUCUUGUAAAACUGAUUUCAUGACAAAUUCUCAAAGCAUCCCUAAUGAAAAUAAACCGAGCAGUGGCGAAAGUUCUGCAAAUGUUAUGUGCUCCAAUCAUUCUAAGGAGGAUGUUCAACAUGGUUGUUGUCUCUUUGGCUCUGAAGUGGAUCUUCAAUCCUCCGUUGGAGACUAUAAACCACUAUUUCUCUCCAAAAGUUGGAGGGAUGUCCUCUGUAAGUGUCAAAGGUGCAUGGAUAUGUACAAUCAGAAGAAUACCAGUUUUCUGCUUGACAAGGAGGACUCAAUCAUGGAGUAUGAGAAAAUGGCUAAGCAGAAGAGGGAAGAAAAGAUGCAGCAGCUGGAAGGUGUAGAACAGAAUUUAUUAAAUAGGUUAGGUCAUGUGCAGAAGAUGGAGAUCUUGACUGGCAUUGCAGAUAUGAAGGAUGAGAUGCGUAAUUUCCUGGAGUCCUAUGAUCCAUCGAAGCCAAUCACCUCUGAUGAUAUCCACCAGGUUUUUGAGAAUCUUGCCAAGAAACGCAGGCGUGUGGAGUGAGCUCUUGCUGGGUCUUCUUUGGCUGUUGCAGAGCAGGUAGUGCCAUGACUGUUAAAUUAUCCCUCAUGGUCCGUUCUAAAUUUUGACCAGUUUAAAACAUCUAUGCAGCAAGAACAUAUAGUCUACGUCAAGUAAGAAUGUUUCAUGUGUGGAAUGAAGACUUUUGGUUCUGUAGGAAAUCACUUUGCUUGACUUAAGGUUUACUUGACCAUUUUCACUUCAA